AUACACUGUGUGCACAAACAAGGCCUAAAAGUCGGAAUGGGAUUAUGGAACAGAUUUCUUGUUUUAUGUGCGCCGUCCUCUCGGUAAUGUAGUAUGGCGAACAUAGCUUCAGCCAGAUGCUGGUCCAUUCGGUGUGUGCUGACAGUGGUCUGGAUUUCCUUUAUCUGCCACACCUUUGCAGAUGUUCGAACAAGAACAAUUUCACUUUUUCGUUACUGCGGUGCCAAUUUCCUUGUGGACGAACACGAGGGAUUCACAGUCGAGUUGUUUGGGGAAUUGUUCCCUGUUGGGUUGAGGAUUUGUCAGGUGAAAUUCGCGUCCACUGAUAGAGAUGAUAAGCUCCUCUACCGGGUCAUCUCGUCUAAUGUGUUCAAAAUAAACGAGGAAAUAAGCCUGGACUCAAGCAGAGACGGCAAAAAGUUUACUUCUGAGGAAUUCAUCACGGUGACUUCUCCUCCCAACGCCCUCAACGAAGAAAGGGAAGGAGAACGUUUUAUAAACGUGUCCGCUUACAGGUCGUCAGGCUACGUGGAUAGCACUUUCUCUAUUAUAUUUCAGAUAUAUGGGGAGGAAUAUGAGCCAUUGGAGCAGAACCAAAGCAGCUACCUCGGUGGAUCUAUCACCCUGGGAGUUGUGUUGGGAAUCGGCUGCGUCGUCGUUAUUGUCAUUAUCAUUGUGUUGUACGUGAAGAAGAGCAAGUUUGGACAGAACCAAAGGAAUCAGCGACAGUCAGCAGUCCAGAGGGCUCAGCAACAAGACAGUCAACAACACGACGGUACCCCAAUGACGUAUUUAAAUGACAUGCCUCCGCUUGCCACGCCUGCCUUCUUACCUCCAUAUCCCACAGCUCCAUCGGGAGAUAUGAAUGUCUUCACAGUUCACCCACAUGCUGGAAUCGGCCCAAUAACUUACAAUGAAUUACCACCGUCUUACGACGAGGUGAUCAAAUCAGGAAUGAGCGAAGUAACUCUGUGAUGGAGAAAGUUCCAAUCACGUCGAUCGUUCCCCUGCAUGCUUUAUACGGAGAAGUUAAGUUUUCCGUUAUCAGGAGAUAAAGACAGGAGAUACAGAUGGAUAUUUUUCUAAAACUUCACAAGGUUAUAAGUAUUGUACUACAUGUAUAGGCACCGAAUCUUACCACAUUAAAUAAUUCAAAGCGUUAAAUUAAAAAUAUGAACCAAUGUGACGUGAAGAGACAUUUAGUCAAUAUAAGCUCUUGAUUCAGUGGCUUAUUACAAGAAACGACUAUAGCCCUUGUGUGUUCGAAUUGGGCUGGGGCCUUAAGUCAGAAGGCAUCUUUGACAUCUACUGUAGUACAUGUGGGACACUUUCCUCCUGGUUUUGGUACUCUCCUAGAAUGCCCAAACUCUUGAGAAUGCCCAAACAAUUACGUUAUACUGAUAAAGAAAAACAAAAACAAGUAUACCUAAAUAAAGUAUUUGUGUAUGUAUUUGAAUAUCUCAUCACACAUCCAACAGACCUAUAAGACACCUUAUGAAAGAAAUCGCCGUAUUAGGAAUGCAGAUCCCGGUUGCAGACCUAAACUAUCCCUGCAUUAUUUAUGAACGAAAUUAUUGCUGAAAUACAUGUCAGGUAGAUUUUAUGCCAUAUUAUCUUAACCGGGGUAGACAUGGUAUCUGCGGACUGACAUCGUAUAGUCUAUUUUGUUUACUUAUGUAAAGUAUAUCACGAUUCUUUUAUACAUUUAUGUUGAAACCUGGUCUUUUGCUAUGUUUAUCAUCAUAUUCAACUGUGCUUUUACUGUAGUAUUCCAUGCUUUUUGUCACUGUUUAAUUUUAUUCGGGCAUUAGUUACAUUACACAAAUUUGAAACUUAGCUGAAUUUAGAACUGAAAACAACCUCUGGGGUGACCAACCUAAUUCAUAACCUACGUUAUAUGAAUAACUCAGUAUACACGACUAAGUUGCUUAUAUUGUUAAGUUUGUUCGCGCUUUACAAUACUGUUAUAUCGUAAACAUUAAUUAUAUAAUGUCAUAAAUUGUUGAGACUAUUUUAA